AAACAUCUGUUUAUGUUUAUUUUUUUAUUGGUUUUGCUAUUGAUUUUCUUUUUUUUAAGCAGCAAAAACACUUUUUUGAUAAAUAACACGAUUUUUUGAGAAAAUUAUUAAAAUUUUGUGGAAAAUAGUGAAAAUUUAUAAAAACAUGUCUAAAACAAAAGAUGUGCCGGCCUACGUAUGCAUUAAUUGUGGGCAAAAGGUCAAGGAGUUGUUUAAGAAAUACAGCAAUACAGUGAAAACGGUGAAUUGUGAAAAAUGUCAUCAUAUAGCUGAUAAAUAUAUAGAAUUUGAGCCGGUAAUUAUAUUAGUGGAUUCUAUGCUUUUAUCUCAGCAGGCCUAUAGACAUGCUUUAUUUAAUCGGGAUUUUAAGCUGUUUUGGAAACUUUCUUUAAUGUUAUUACUGUUGGAAUCAUUUACCCUGUGGCGUGAGAAAAGAGAACAAACUCAUGAUGACAUUUCACAAUCGAUAUUGGUUAAUGAACAUGGAUUUUAUUUGUGCUGUGGUCAAAAUAUAUGUGAUUACCUACUUUCCACUCUUUUGCUGCUCUUAGCCUCUAUUGCUCUGCGUAAAAACGUGAUUCUUAAUAUGGGUCUUAAAACGUUUGGUUUUAUUCUUUUAAAAGCCAAUGUUUUGGCAAAUUUUUCAAAAUUCUUUCUUUUGCCCAUUAUAUUGUGGCGUGAAAAUACUACAGAUUUUGGUGCAGCUUUACAUCGUACUUUGGUCACGGGUCAUCAUUUGUUUUCUUUGAUAUUUGUUUAUGUGGUUGUCACGCGUUUUCGUGUUUUACAAGCGGCUCUUAUAGUCUUGCCAGUCUAUAUUAUUAAGGAGUUUAUAAUGCAAAAUUUGUCAGUGUAUAUGGAGGAGCACUUUUCAGAAAGUUAAUGAAAAGAAAGACUGGAUAAAAGUGUGAUUUUUUUCUUGAAUUAUAUAAUUUUAUAUAUUAAACUAUAAACGUUAAUAAAAAUGAUAGCUUUCUUUCGAACAGAA